UUUUCCAACAAAAUUGUUCACAUUUUGGUCCCGUAAAAUUUAAUCAAAAUUAUGACGUUGCAAAAAUUUUGGUGAAACUAUAAAUAAAUUGAACUGAAAUUCAUUGGUUAAAUCCAGAUUGUAAAAAUGUCAAAGGAAAUUCCAAAAAUGCGUUUGCCGAAAAAAAGCUUCUCAGAUGGCUUCAUAUUGGUAAAUUCCAAGAAAACUGAAAUGGCGAAUAUUUAUGCAACUAUUAGUACCUCUGAAACCCCAAAGAAGGACAAUGAUGCUAGCUCAUCAGUUCAAUCGCAUAAGAAUAUCUGUGGUGAUGGUAUAAAUACGUGUUCGUCCAUUUAUGAAUGUGAUGAGGAAAGUGAUGUCCUAGACAAAAUGAUAAUAUCUAAAUUGACAGAUUUUCAAAAUCAGACCAUAUAUUUAAUGGAACUUUUAAAAAAAUUAGAAAAUGGAAAACGGAGUAUAGAAGCAAUGCAACGCAAUGCAUGUAACAUGUAAGUCUUGUGUCCUGUGAGAAAGAAAACCACCGAAAAGACAAGUUGUAUAAUAAUCGUCUCGAAUUCACUGAGUGAAAUAAGGAAGAAAUCAUAGUAAAAGACAUUAUGGGUAAAAGUUACGUAAGCAACUAUAUUUACUUUCCUUAAUUAUACUUUAGACUUCAGAAGAAGCAUGGUUUUUAUCAAAAGAGGUACAAGAACUUGAAGUUGGACAGAAGAGAGACAUUUGAUUCUUUAAGUAAUAACAGACAAAUACAUUUGAAGGCUUAUUUGUGAUGACUGUAAGUAAGGCACAAAAUAUAGGAACCUCUAAUGGACUUAGUCAUAGUUACCUGUUUGUUUUGUUUUUGGAAAUAUGACAUUAUUGUCAUUGCCAUGAAUUGGCAAUCACCUAUUUAGUGGUCAAUUAUUUUUAUUUGGCGUGUGCGUCUUUUUGGGCAAUUUGAAAUGUCAGUAUAAUUUCGUUUAUUUCCGAAUAAAUUAUCAAUUGAACAAUUUUGAUUUAAA